AUGGUUCAAAACGAAGUUCUCGAAAAUUAUGGUUUUGAUGAUCAUUCUGAUACAACAAUAACAUCAACAAUCACCCUUACAGUCACUAAUUACUCCUCAUCAACUAUAAAUUGUGCUACUACUGAAGAAAGGCUUGACCAAAUAGUAUUUGCUGAGGAAGAUUAUAUGGCUUUUGAAGCAAGUGAAAUUACAGAGACUACUACAACUACAGUCACACUCAUCAAUAGCAUUACAACAACAGCAACUACCUGCACCAAAUCUUUAGCUGAAGAAACGCAACUGAAUACAUUCAACCAUGACCAACCAUUCAAUAUCAUUGGCAGUUACAAUGACACUGAAUUCUUGUUCACAAUUAAUGGAACCCUGAUCACAUUAAGCUGUGAACCUGGUGAAUUCUCACUUGAAGAAGGCUAUCUUAAAGUGGCAAAUGAAGCUGUUCAAAUAUCACAUGAUGGAAAAUUGGUUAUUGGUGGUGAAGGUUCUUUGGGAUGGAGUGUUGUUGAUGAGAAGCUAAUGUUGACAACAACAACAACCAAGUGUAAUACCACGAUUUCUCAAGCCGUUGAAUUUCAAGUGUGUAGGGAAGGUAACAUGUAUUGGGUUGGUAUUGGUUCAGAUCCUGACUGUGAAUCUAUCGAGGCAGUAUUGUCACAACUGGCACACCAACAGCAAGAUGAAACUAGCUGUAACAAUCAGGAUGCAGGAGAAGUUUUGAAAAAAAUAUUAUUCCAAGGAAUAUUAGAAGAUGAUUAUGUUACAUUAGAUGAUACACCUACUGAAACCCCCACGCUAGAUUUUUAUUCCACUACGACCGUAACAAAAUCAGCAACAACAACCAUAAUAACUGCAUGUAGUGGAAAAGAAGAACAUGCUGCUUCUCCUGAAUUAUUGGCUGCUGAUUCAGUAUCAUUGGAACCAAAUCUUUAUACUUCAGUCACUAUAACCUUAACUAUCUUCAGUACUGUUCCUGAUGUCAUGUCUACUCCCACUCCUAAACCGGUUACACCAACUAAUCUGCUGAAAGAAUAUGAUCCCAUUGCUUAUUUACUUGAGAAUAGAUCUGUUUCUAUAAAGAGGAUAAACAAAACUACAAUUUUAUUUUAUCUUAUCGUUCAUGCUUUAGUUCAAAUGUUUAUAUGAGAGUUGUGUGUUUAUCUAUUGUAUAGUUUUAAUGUUGUAUUAUGUUUUCUACAGAAAAAUAGUUGGUUGCGAAAAAUACCCAUGUUUGAAUUAAACCUUUCACCAUAACUUUUUUGUGAGAGAUACGAAUAAUACAACGAAUGAAAACCUCGACAUUCAAACACUAUGUAGUUGUGCUUUCACUGAUCCCCCGGGUGUAUAUCAAAAAAUAAAAAAAACUUUUGCUAGUU